AUGGCGCCUACUGCCAAGGUACCUCACCUGCCUCCUGUCAAAUGCGAAUCGUCACAGUUAGUAGCCGAUGUGCAGGCCUCACCUUUUGAUUUCUUGGUUCCUCAGUUUGUGACGGCGCCGGGCCAGGAGCGGCGUGGCGCUGGCGUAUGCAAGCCGUCGGCGAGGUGCCACCCUGCCCUGUCGUCCGAGGGGAAAGCGUCCAUAAGGGGUGUCGUGGGCGCGCUGCUCGCGGCCGCCGGCAAGGACAAGGGCCUCGUCUCGCUCGGCGUUGGCGACGCCUCCGUGCAUGCCUGCUUCCGCCGCGGUGGGGAGUUCGCGGCGGACGCCAUCGCCAGCGCCGCCAGGUCCGGGAUGUUCGACUGCUACGCGCCGUCUAACGGAUUUCCCGCCGCGCGCCGCGCCGUCGCGGACCACUUGUCAGCGGGAGCAGACCACCACAUCCGGGAGUCAGACGUGUUCAUGACGGUCGCCGGCACAGGCGCGAUCACAACCAUCACGACGGUGCUGGGCGGGGCUCCAGGGGCGAACAUCCUGCUGCCACGACCGGGCUUCGCAUCGUAUGAGGCAGCCUGCCAGCUAGUCGGUGCCGAGCCUCGGUUCUACGACCUCCAGCACCAGCAGGGUUGGGAGGCCGACCUUACAGGCAUACGCUGCCUGGCGGACGGCGCCACAACAGCCAUUGUUGUCAUAAACCCAAACAACCCAUGCGGUGUCGUCUACUCUGCGCAACAUCUUCUCCAGAUUGCUGAAACUGCAAGAGAUUUGGGGAUUCCAAUAAUAGCAGAUGAAGUGUAUGCCCAUAUGGUAUUUGGUGGAAGCAAGUUUGUUCCCAUGGCCUCAUAUGCGCACAUUGCACCAAUAAUCACGAUUGGAGCCAUCUCAAAGAGAUUCAUGCUACCCGGAUGGCGUCUCGGUUGGUUGGCCUUCUGUGAUCCUAAUGGUACAAUCAAGCAUGUCAAAACGGCAACUGAGAUGCUACUGAAUGUUACCUCAGGGCCAGCGUUAAUAAUUCAGGCUGUACUUCCUAAGAUUCUUUCACAAGAACACGGCAAGUUCCAUCGGAAUGUUGUGAACUUGCUACAGUCCGCCGCAGAUGCUCUCUACACAAGAGUGAACCAGAUUGAAGCUCUACAAUGCUACUCAAAGCCCGAUGGCUCGAUGUUCAUGAUGGUUGAAAUCAAGACUGUACUUAUAUUCGGUGUUGUAGAUGACAUGGACUUUGCUCGUGAAUUGAUCAAAGAAGAAUCUGUCUUGGUUUUACCUGGUUCUGUCCUUGGGUUGAAGAACUGGGUUAGGAUAUUCUUUGGGGUACCUGUUGAUAUAAUACUGGAUGCAUGCGAUAGGAUUGAGUCAUUCUGCCAGAGAAGGCGAGUCAAGGCAAACAAUUGA